UGCAGGGCACACCUUCUCCAGGAUGACCUCGGCCCCAGUCCUCCCGCAGUUCCUUCUUUUGGCUGGUACAGCGGUGGUCACCUGUGCCCCAGCGUUAUGGUCUUAUGGAGGGAUCACGGGAACUGCCUUGAUUGCAGCAGUGGUCGUUCAAGCCGUGGUAUUCGCUACGGUGGUGUUCAUCAUGUACUUGAGCUGGGCAUACGGCGCGAUGAUGAGUCGUAACUCGCUCAAUGUUGACACCUACACGGGGAAACAGCCCAGCUUCAAAGACAGGGUGGGCGUGGCAUUUACUCACUGGAUGGCAGCCGGCUUGGGCGCUGCUUCCUCGCGUCACACCCCAAGCGACCCCGUCCCGCUCGAGGCGAUGCCCUCGUCGUUCGUGGACAAGCUCAAGGUCAACCACGACUCGACCUCGGCGGCGGCUAUCUCUCUCAGGGGCGGCGCAGCUGGCGGCGGUGGCACCCCCCGCCUGGCGAUCCGAUCUUCCCGCGGGGGGACGAUCUUCGUGGGCACCAUCAGGAUGGGGUUCGGGCACCACCGAAUCGCGUACGCGGCUAGCUCGUGGGGGCUGGAUGCCGGGAUGGGGACAUACUUCCACGACCUGCUCAACAUCAAGUCGAGGGAGGCAGGGAUCAUCAAGAAGGCAGACGGGUUGUACAGCUACUGUUCUCGUCUUGCGUCGGAGUUGGGCGGUGUGGCGGAAAAGAUGUGGGGGGCAAUGACUCUCUCCGGUGACGAGAACUCUCUGAGGAAUUCGUGGCAGAUGGCGGAAGAGCUCAAGCCUCUGAUGAUGGAGCUCGACAAGGACGUCCCUGUGAUCACCUCGCACUCGCUCGUCGGCAUGACAGCCGUCGCCUGCGGCUUCAAGCACGUGAUCAACCUAGUUAUCGAUAACUGGGCCCAGUGGUUCGUGGUGGUGCCGGGGGCCAUCAAUCUGGUGCAGGGGCCUUCCAACUACGAGGCGCUUCUUCGGAUGGGAGUUCCUCCUGACCAGGUCCGCUUGGCUGGCCACUGGGUUCCCAAGGGCGUCCACGAGACUAUCGACCAGGACUGCAGGUCACGGAUUGCGCGCGCCUCCUCGGGCGUGAGCGCGCGGCGCCUGCUGGUGCCUGUUGGAGGUGCCGGCGCCCAGAGGAAGUUCGUUUCAGGCUUCGUUCGCAACUUGGUGGAGCCGCUGAAGGAUGGCCGGGUGAGGCUGCUGCUCAACGCUGGAGACCACGCUAGCAUGCAGAAGUCCCUCAAGAAGUGCUUGGAGGAACUAGGAAUCGGUUUCAAGGUAAUCAGCGAUUUCGAUGAGAUGAAGGCUCUCAUCGCACGCUUGCACCUGUCGAUUGAAGAGGGAGAGGAUGAUGACAGCGGAGCCUUCAUGAAGAGGGUGCUCGCUGCAGAGGAAGGACUCCCCCCUGUCAUCAUGUUCGCCUUUGACGACUAUUUCCCGGCGGUGGCGGCUACCGACCUUCUGGUGCCAGUGGCUGACAUUUUGUGCUGCAAGCCGUCCGAGUUGGCGUUCUACCCGCUGCCCAAGCUCAUGAUCCGCAGGGUGGGGGACCAUGAAGCUCACUCGGCAACGAGAGCGGCGGAGAUUGGGGAUGGGACGCCGGAGGUUCGCACACUGGAGUCCGCCGCGCACUACGUGGAGAUGCUCUGCUCGAAGGAGCGCCCGGACCUGUUCGUCAGCAUGAACCAGCAGAUCAUCAAGAACCUCAGCAUCGGCAUCUAUGACGGCUGCAAGGUUGCUGUUGAGCUAGCCGCGGAACUGGCUAAGCUCUGAGGCUGCGAUGCGAUAUGUAGAUCGUAUCCUAAUGUGGAAUUUCUUCGGGGAACGACGCGCCUCUGUCUGGCCAGGCAGGCAGCUUUAUUCUUAAUCUCGUGCGCGGUCUUGUUAGUAAAACCAUGGAUGCUGAUCCACGGGUUGUCAUAUAUUCUGUGUUGCGUGGCUAUCGUAUUAUUUGUUGUCACGUUGGAAGCCGUUUUGUUUGGGGAAGGUGGGCGUGUGGCGUAACUAGAAUGGUUCUGAACGACCCUGUUCUAGUGUCACCCCACUCUCAUGCCGGAUUUCUCCGCCUAAAUACAGGCAAGGGAAAAUAUAUUUGAAGAUUGCGACGGUGGGAGCGCGUGAUCGCCCAAACCAACCUCUUCAACAUGCGGGGGUUGUCCAGUAGAUAUACUCUAGAACGAAAGCUCUUCAAGUUUUCAGCGUCGUCAACUCACUGCUGUAAACACGCAAGAGCUCGAAUUGGGGGAGAAGCAUGACAAUGAUUUUGAGUGCAAUAGACUAAUGCGUUCAAGGGAACUCGGCCUGGUUGUUGACAACCCUGUAC